ACUGCGCGCAUUUGAUUGGUCGAAAGUGUAAGCUACGCAACUGCAUCAGCAGGACACAGAGCGUUCCAGAAAAUAUAAUCGACACGGUGGUUUUCGUUAUUCUGUUGUGAAUUUCAAGGAACCGAAGAUGAUCGAGGUUGUUUGCAACGAUCGUCUGGGCAAGAAAGUCCGCGUCAAGUGCAACUCUGAGGACACAAUUGGAGAUCUGAAGAAGCUCAUUGCUGCACAGACAGGAACACGAUACGAAAAGAUUGUAUUAAAGAAAUGGUAUACCAUAUUCAAGGACCAUGUGUCAUUGGGUGACUAUGAAAUCCACGAUGGGAUGAACCUGGAGCUGUACUAUGCAUAGACCAGGGAACCACAGGUCAAUGCCACGCAUACGACCCUCUUCUUGUUCGCACAAGAAAGUACACAUACACCCUCACCCAGAUGGGAUCCAUCACGGGAAACCACCAUGAUCAUACAACACAACAGGAGGAGAGAAGGAGCCGUAUCCACAGAGCAGAAAACACGCAUUGACCUCAGUUUUAGCUUGUGAUUUUUGCCCAUAAAUUGUGUUAAAUACAUGUUGUUCUACAGUUUUUGUUUUGAUAUUUUGGAAUUAAAGCAGAUAUUUACCUACCUACAA